AUGGUCCCAUUACUGCGGGUAGCCAUAUUCUUGGCUCUCUCGCCAGCCGCUGUUCUUGGUCAAUCCUCCUCGUUCCUUCAAGUCGAGCCAGCAGCCACCUCCGUCCCAGUCACCGCACCGGCAGGCGCCCCAUUGCAGGAAGCUGAAACUCUUCAACUUACCGAUGCAGUGGUUGAGCGGCUUGCUUCCGACGAGGCCACAGCCGAAUAUGCCGAGUACUUUACGUUCGAUAAUAGCAGUUUUGCCAACCCUGCGCGUGCUCGACGGGCUGCCUCCGCAGAAUGCAAAACCUUUCCUGGCGACCCAGCAUGGCCCAAGGACAUUGUCUGGGACGUUUUCAAUGUUCUUCUAGGCGGAGCACUGAUUCCAACCAAGCCUGUUUCAGCGCCAUGCUACGACUCCAAAUGGGGAAAAAAGGACGCCGCACAGUGUGCCGAUGUUACUCAAAACUUCACAAAUGCGUACUUCCAUGCAGAUGACCCGACUUCCAACAUGUGGCCAAUCUACCAAGGCAGAACUUGCAUGCCCGGCAAUGACACCGCUGGCAAAACAUGCACUCUGGGUGGGUUUCCAGAGUAUGCUAUCAAGGUCACGAAUGUGGCUCAGAUUCAACUCGCUAUCAACUUUGCUCGGGCUACCAACCUCCGCCUUGUUAUCAAAAACACUGGACAUUGUUUCCUGGGAAAGUCGACCGGUGCUGGGGCUCUUAGUCUGUGGAUGCAUAAAAUGGACAAGAUUGACUUUAUUCCAAAUUAUGAGGGUCCAGGCUAUUCGGGUCCAGCCAUGAAGCUCUCGGCUGGGGUACUCGUACGACAUGUGUAUGAGGCUGCCGAGAAGCACGGUGUUACUGUGCUGGGUGCGGUCUCUUGGAGCGUUGGUUAUGCUGGCGGUAUGAUCGCCGGAGGGGGCCAAAAUCCCCUGGCCGGUAUCUACGGAAUGGCGGCCGAUCACGUUGUGGCUUUCCAAGUCGUUACUGCCAAUGGACGUUUUAUCACUGUAUCCGAGGUAUCAAACCCAGACCUGUUCUGGGCGCUCAGGGGUGGUGGCGGUGGUACAUUUGCCAUUGUAACAUCCGUCAUCAUUCGAGCGCAUCCAAAGAUCAACGUCGUUGCCUCGCAGUUCUACCUUGACGCUACAAACAACAGUGCCGAAGCCUUCUGGGACGGAACCAGGAAGUUUUAUGAGACAUUCCUGGAUUGGGCCGACGCAGGCAUCUACUCUUUUUACAUCAUGGGCAACACCCCAUCCCCUUUCAUCAACGCGCGAUACAUCUUCGCUCCAAACCACACCUUGGAGUCAUACACCAAGGUCGUCAAGCCCUUUUUCGACUACCUAGACGCCAAAAAUAUCACUCUCAGUCAGCCUCAUCUCAGCGUAGCCCACAGCUCAUUCUACUCUGCCUACCAGACGAUGUGGGGCAUAAACCCGUUCCCGAUUGGACGCGACGACUCCAUGGCCGCCAACCGCAUCAUCCCUCGCCGCAAUUUCCAAGAAAAGUUCAACCAAACCUACGCACUAAUCAAGGAACAUGUUUCUCUAGGCAAACAUCUUCUAGGAUACCACAAGGCACCGAAAAAGUACGCAAACACGAACAACGCCAUUCACCCUGCGUGGCGCGAGUGCGGCAUGUUCAUGGUCACCUCGACCAACAAGUCUCUGGAUCACACUACGCCCGAGGGUCUCGCCAUCGCCAACGAGGAUCUCCAGGAGAACAUCUUGCAGCCCUGGCGCGAACUCACACCUGUGUCUGAGGGUGGCGGUACGUACCUGAAUGAAGCUCAUGUUGGAGAGGCCGACUGGCAGGAAUCCUUCUAUGGCGGAUACUACCCUCGCCUCAGCGAGAUCAAGCGCAAGUGGGACCCCAACGACGUAUUUUACGCCACGACUGCAGCUGGCAGCGAGAGGUGGGAGGUGCGAGACGGGGAUCAGGGUGUGCAAACCCAGAAUGGAAGACUGUGCCGUGUUUAAGGUUAUGACGUAUGACGGAUGACAUGAAUAGACGCACGAAUAGAGUUUUUAUAGUUUAUAGAAUUCAUUUAUGGUUAUUAC